UAGGUAAACAUUGCCCUGUUAAAAUGACAAAAAUUAAAAAUUCAAUAUUAAACGCGAUUACAUAACGCCUUUUUAAAUGCUUUAUAAACUUGUUUCAGUUUAACAAUAAUCCAGCGCUCUUCACCUCUGAUCAUUAAAUAAAUGACGGAUCUUAACAUGUUAAUUUUAAAUUGGAUUUAAACACUUUGAUUGUUUUAUGGUAGGUGAUAAGAUUCAGUGUAUAAAGGGCACCCGGUUAAUUCAUGUAGAGAGUAUGAUUAAAUUAGGGGGCGGUGUCUCGGAUGUUUGUGUCAUACUAAAAAUUGGAUUAUCAUCGGUAAACCGUAUGAUCAUAUUCUAGAAGUGCCUACAGUUCGAACCACCAGGUAUGGACAAUACUCCUUUCGUUUUGAGGCUGCCCGGGUGUGGAACAGCCUCCCCAGUGACAUCAGAAGAGUAGAAAACUUCAAAGAAUUUGGGAGGCUGGUUGGCACCUGGACAGGCCCAAAAUAUGUAGCCACAUACACGGAAGACAAUUCGCUCAGGAAACAAACUAUCGAAAAACUGACGUCACACAUUACGCUCAAGUUAAACAGUACUACAUCAACAAAGUCAGUUAUAUCCACAUCGCCAAAAGUGCCACUAAGUUCAACAUCAUAUCUUGUGUCAACACUUACUUCCACCUCAGUAUCAACAUCUUAUUCAACCUCAUAACCUACAUCUUUUUCAACGACCUCAGUGUCAUCAAAAUCAAAUUCAUCGCCGAUUUCUACUCCUCCAAUACUUUCAAACGCACCAAUGUCUUCACAAACAUCUUUGUCUACUUCAACAAUGCGUUCACCAACAUCAAAUGAUUUUGCAUCAAGCACAAUGCCUUACAUCUCAUAUUCGGAUGAAUCUUCAACAAUGCCGUCUGCUAAUAAAACGUCGACUCAAAAUCCAGGUUUUGGAGGUUUUCACAUCACCACGGAUCUUGUCCUGGAAAUCGUUUUCAUUGUCAUUUGCCUCGCUAUUGCCGGAGGUUUCAUAACAUAUGUUCUUAAAAAGAAAGGACAUAUAUCCUGCCAACGAUGUAGAAGUUGUCUUCAUGGACGGCGCAGGCGAAGAUCUUCAACAUCGAGUCAAGGGCCUCUUACACAAGAUAAUGCAACCUUCGACAAUAUCUCGGAUCCCCCGAGACAAGAUCGGGAACUUUUCUCAAUCGGAGAUCAAGAUGGCGGACAAGAUGGCCGACAAAGAUCUAUGCAGCGACAUGGCACGGAGGACGAUUACUUUUAUGAUGAAAUAUUUGGACAGUCAGCGUUUGUUGAUGAAACAACGAAUAGAGCUAACACUUAUUUAUCAGUUGCUGAUGAUGACGAUGAUGAUAUACUAAGCGGUUUGAACGUCCCAGAUCUUGUUUUUAAAACACCAAAGAAAAUGUGAAAAUUGAAAUGACUUCUAAUAUUGAUAUUAUGUGUUUAGUAACCAGAAACUGUUUGCUAAGAUAUAAGAAAUCAUGAAAUUUACAUGUUAAAUGUGUGUACCCUCUAACACGGAUACCAUCAAACAUAAAGGAAAUAAUUUAGAACAUUGUGAUGUACAUUGGGCACAUGUUGACCCAUUUGUUCAAAGAAUUUAUUAGGAAAUGGGAGAAUGCAUACAGUGCCUGUUUGUUUGUUUGUGUGUUUGUUUGUUUUGUGGCGACUUUCUGCAAAUGUGGCAUAGAAUUACCGCAUUGGCUAUUAGUACUAACAUUUGCAAAUGUGAUUUGCAUAUCAUUUCAUUUCCUUACAUUUUUAUAUAAUCUUUAUAUAUUUUAAAUUUCAAUAUACAUUAUUUUGCAUUUAAUUUUUUACAAAAUUUUACAUUGCUGUUCAUUACUAUAGAUUUCAUUUCUUUACAUUAUAUUACAUUACAUCAAAUCGCAUCACAUUAUAUCAAAUAACAUUCCAUUACAUCGUAUUUUGCAAAAGAGUACUUUUACAAGCCUAUAAAAAGCUUAAGGAGACUGAUGUGUGAGGUAACUUUGAAUUUGAAAAGAUUAACCAAUAUAUGUAUUUCAGAUAUAAUAAAAAAUUUGUACAUAAAUUAUUUAUUCUAAAUAUAUGUAUAUCGACACAUGCCUAAUCAAAAAUAUUGAUAUUUGUGUCUUUUUUAGAUAUGCAUUAUGUCAUUUACAUUUUUAAAAUGGUUAUAAAUACGGACGUGUAAUAACAGCGUGCAAUAACAAAUGUACGGUGGCACAAAUGUGACAUGUGUGUGUUUUUAUCUAUCUCGUGGCAACGAGAUAUUAUGUCGUGGCCACGAGUUACUAAGUCGUGGCCACGAGAUAGCUAAGUCGUGGCCACGUGAUACUAUGUCGUGGCCACGAGUUACUAAGUCGUGGCCACGAGAUAGCUAAGUCGUGGCCACGAGAUACUAUGUCGUGGCCACGGGAUAGCUAAGUCGUGGCCACGAGAUAGCUAAGUCGUGGCCACGAGUUACUAAGUCGUGGCCACGAGAUAGCUAAGUCGUGGUCACGAGAUACUAUGUCGUGACCGCGAGAUAGCUAAGUCGUGGCCACGAGAUACUAUGUCGUGGCCACGAGUUACUAAGUCGUGGCCACGAGAUAGCUAAGUCGUGGCCACGAGAUACUAUGUCGUGGCCACGAGUAACUAAGUCGUGGCCACGAGAUAGCUAAGUCGUGGCCACGAGAUACUAUGUCGUGGCCCCGAGAUAGCAAAGUCGUGGCCACGAGUUACUAAGUCGUGGCCACGAGAUACUAUGUCAUGGCCACGAGUUACUAAGUCGUGGCCACGAGAUAGCUAAGUCGUGGUCACGAGAUACUAUGUCGUGGCCACGAGAUAGCUAAGUCGUGGCCACGAGAUACUAUGUCGUGGCCACGAGUUACUAAGUCGUGGCCACGAGAUAGCUAAGUCGUGGCCACGAGAUAGAUAACCAAUCAUAUUACACCAUUUAUAUGAAUUUCCUUAAUUAACUAGACAUGUGCUAUAGUACAAGGAUGUCCACACUUCACCAGCCUGUAAAAGUGCCAUUUAUACAACUUAUUGACUUGUUAAUAAUUUUACAUUUAGCGUCACUAUGACCCUGAUAUUUGACCCAAUGACCUCGAAAUUAUUAGAUGUCAUCUACUGAUCAGGUGCAAUGAUCUUCCUGGGUUAUAUAAACCAUGGCUUAUCCCUUCUAAAGUAUUCCUCAGACAAGGUUUUACCUUAUAGGCCAUCUACUGUCCAUGGAUUAUGUCCCUUCCAAAUAAAAUAAACCAGGACUUAUUCCUUCUCAUGUUAUCGUAUAAACAAGUUUAACAGGCCAUAGUACGUACAAACUAACCAAUUCGAUCACAAAAUUGUCCCAACAAAGAGCUAAAGUCAAAAUUAAUGUCUGAUGGGCCUUGGAAGGUGACUUUCUAAUAUGAUCCUAAAGACAAGUUCAAAUUGAAUAUCUUCAUUAUUUUCAAAGAUUAAUGUUGAUUGUAAAAGUAAGUUAUAACGUUUAAAAAAUUCAUAAUAUAUAUAGUGUAUCCUGAUUGGUUUAAUUAUUUCGUGGCCACGACUUAGCUAUCUCGUUCCCACGACUUAGUAACUCGUGGCCACGACAUAGUAUCUCGUGGCCACGACAUAGUAUCUCGUGGCCACGACUUAGCUAUCUCGUGGCCACGACUUAGUAACUCGUGACCACGACAUAGUAUCUCGUGGCCACGACUUAGUAACUCGUGGCCACGACUUUGCUAUCUCGUGGCCACGACAUAGUAUCUCGUGGCCACGACUUAGCUAUCUCGUGGCCACGACUUAGUAACUCGUGGCCACGACAUAGUAUCUCGUGGCCACGAGAUAAAUAAAAACACAUACAUGUCACCUUUGUGCCACCGUAAAUAACACUACAAUCAAAACGUUUUGUUUAACAUUAAAAAUUGAAGAGAGUUUAAAUAAUUAAAAUAAUUUAAAAAAAUUGGUUCAUGUAACAAAAUAUUGUACAGUAUAGUGUUUCUUUAUUAUGCCUCCCCACCCUCCCCUUCGAAGAAAAGGGGGUAUAUUGUUUUGCUAAUGACGGUCGGUCUGUCCGUCGUUAGACUACAUGGUUUCCGCUGAUUAUCUUUAAAAAAAAUUAUCACAAAGUUUUCAUAUUUCAAAUUCUGACGGGUCAUAACUAGUAAAUGACCCCUAUGAUUUUUUGGGGUCACUAGAUCAAAGGUCAAGGACUCAGGGGCCUGAAAUGUCCGAAUGGUUUCCGCUCAUUAUCUCGAAGGCCAUUAAUCACAAAGUCUUCAUAUUUCACAUAAUGAUAAGUCAUUUAAAGGAGAUGAACCCUAUUGAUGUUGGGGUCACAAGGUCAGGGUCACUGGGACCUUAAUUGUCAGAAUGGUUUCGCUCAUUAUCUUGAAAACUAUUUAUCACGAAGCCUUCAUAUUUCACAGACCGAUUGGUCAUUUGUAGUAGAUGACCCCAUUGAUAUCGGGGUCACUAGUUUAAAGGUCAAGGUGACAGGGGCCUUAAAUGUCAGAAUGGUUUCCAGUCAUUAUCUUUAAAACAAGUUAUCACAAAGUCUUUAUAUUUCGCAUACUAGUUGGUCAUAACUAGAAAAUGACCCCUAUUGAUUUUAGGGUCACUAUAUCAAAGAUCAAGGUCACAGAGGUCUUAAAUGUCAACAUGGUUUCCGCUCAUUAUCUUGAAGUCAAAUUAUCAUAAAGUCUUCAUAAUUUACAUACUGAUUGUUCAUAAAAAGUAGAUGCCACUUAAUGAUUUCGGGGUCAAUAGCUCAAAGGUCAUUGUCACAGGGGCCUUUAAUGUCAGAAUGGUUUCCGCUCAUUAUCAUAAAAAUAAUUUAUCACAAAGUCUUCAUGUGUCACAUAUAGAUAAGUCAUAUGUACUAGAUGACCCCCAUUCAUUUCGGGUUCACAAGUUCAAAGUUCAAGGUCAAGGGGGUCUUAAAUGUGGGAAUGGUUUCCGCUCUUUAUCUUGAAAACUAUUUAUCACUAAGUCUCUAUACUUCACAAAGUGAUUGGCUUUAACUAGUAGAUGAUCCUCUUGAUUUUGGGGUCUUUAGGGUCAAAGUCACAGGGACCUUAGAUCUGUCUGUCUGUCUGUCCGUUCGUUGGUAUACCAUAUGGUUUCAACUGAUUAUCUUAAAAACUAUUUAUCGCAAAAUCUUCAUAUUUCACAUACUGAUUGGUAAUAACUAGUAUAUGACCUUUUUUAUUUAUGGAUCUCUUGGUCAAAGGUCAAUGUCACACGGGCCUUUAAUGUCAAAAUGGUUUCCACUCAUUGUCUUGAAAACUAUCACAUUUUCUUCACAUUUCACAUAUCAUUAGUCAUAUGUUUGUAGACCAUGUGGUUCCGCUGAUCAUCUUAAAAACUAUUUAUCACAAAGUUUUUAUAUUUCACAUUCUGAUUGGUCAUAACUUGUGGAUGAUCCCUAUUGAUUUUGGGGUUACUAGUUCAAAGGUAAAGGUAACAGGGCGUUUAAAUGUCAGCAUGGUUUCUGCUAAAUAUACUUCUGAUAGCUUUCAUUCAGUUUCAGUUCAUAUUUUGGUCAUUAUUUUUAUACUAGUAAAAUUUAAAAUCCCUCUGGAAUACGAAGGUUCAUUUAGAUCAAUACAUUGUUAAAUUGUUGAAAUCUUGGUGUAGUUAAUACACGUGUGCUUA